AUGGACCUUUUUGAACAGUGUUUCGAAAUCUAUUCUGCAGGAGAUUAUCGCCAGGCAGAAGCAUUGAUAUCUAAGCUCAUCAGUCACUCUCUACAGAAUCAGCAAUGCCCUCCUUUGGUCUUGGCGAGGUUCUUUACACUUCUUGGCUCUUCUCAGUUGCGCUGCCAAUCCUACCAUAGUUGCAUGACCUCUUACCAAUCUGCAGAACAAAUCCUUCGGGAGGCCUAUGGUCCAACGUCUCCUUUUCUAGCAACCGUUUACAUCAAUAUGGGGAUUGCAUACAUGGCUCAAUCUGAUCCUGUGAAGGCGCUUACUUAUGCCCAGCGUGCCAAGAACAUUGUAGACAAAGAUCUGUCUGGGAAGUCGUCUGCCGUUCUUCAAGGGAGCAUCUACCAUCUAAUGGGGUAUGCAGCAGACAUGCAAGUUGACAACAAGACGGCAAAGGAUUAUUAUGAGCGUGCAGUUAAAGUGCGAAAGAGCACAGAUCCAUAUAGUGAUGCCUGUGGAAAGUCCAGCUAUAAUUUGGGAUCACUGCUCCUGUCCAUGCGCAUGAUCGAGCCAGCAGAGCAACACCUAAAGACUGCCCUACAAGUGUAUCAGCACUUAGUUCAAAAGAAACCGACUGUUUAUGGAUUAGCACAAGCUCGAGUCCUUUACCGCUUAGCACUACUAUAUAAGGAAAGCAACAGACAAGCCCUCGGCGCAAAGGCGGCAGAAGCUGCUGUAGAGCAAUUUAAACUUGUUAAAGACCCCAAAAGUGCAGAGUGCUUAAGCGCAUCUGCUCUUUUGAAUUACUUUAGAUAUGGAAGCUCAAGAGGAACCUCAAUCGAAGAGUCGUCUUCACUAGCUCUUGAUUGGUUAUAG